GAUGGAAGAAUUACAGGACAUCUUGAAGAAGGACAACAAGCGCCUUAAGACGGACUUGGACUUGCACAAGCAUGUCUCCAGAGCGUUUGUGGAAGGUUACGCGACAAGGCGUGAGGCUUUACGGAACGAGCACAAGAGUCGCAAUGCGACCCAGCAGAAGCCCACCCUCCUGAGCUUCCAGGGAGUCCCUCAUGCCAGUGAUGCCGGUGACCGUGGCUCAAUCUCCGAGGGCCUCGCAAAGAACGGAGGUCCAACAACUGCGGACCCGGCCAUUUGGGUCUUUGGAUGCAGCAAUGUGCAUGGGGAGGUGGAUGAAAGCUUGAGGAUCACAAUCACUCUGGGAGUUGGUUCAGAUAUCUCCCGUGUGCCGGAGGGGUCUGAUGAGAAGGCAGCAGAGCUGCAAGAGAAGGUCAGACAUAUCAGCCAAGCCCUCUCAGCAGAACAAGCAAAGCGAGAACUUGCAGAGGGGAAACUGAAGUCUUUGGAGGGCAAAGUUAGAGACUAUGAGGCUGCCCUGGCACAUGAGCGAGAGAAGUGGCAGACGGCCGAGAAGCAGGUCAAUGACAUGCAGCACAAAUUGAAAGAAAGCUCUGAGGAGAAUCUCCGGUUGCAGACAGCUUUGCAAGAGCACACCUCGAACAAGGCAGUCAGUCAGGGUGUAAAUUGGCAAUAUCAGGACUAUAAGGUCGAAGGAAGCUGGUAUGCUUUUCCCCCAGAUGCAAACGAUCAGCUGCAUCAUGCUUAUCUGGCUUUUCGGCGAGAGCCGACCAAACAUCGAUUUGCAGCCAUCAAUUCGGGUGGCGUAGCUCUCAAAGUUGAUUUUCAUUCGAUGUUGUUUGGGCGUAGCGACGUGCCCAACAGGAAGAUGCGGAUUCUAACAGGGAUGCCCAAGGAGUGGGUCUUAACACCUGCUUCCUUUCUAGAGCAAUUUAAUAACCUUCACUCUGAAAGCUGGUACUCGUACUAUGUGAAGGUGGACAAUCAGUCGAUUCAUGGCAAGGUGGAGGAAAUCCUAAGGUGCACUGGGCAUGCAGGAGAUGACUUCACAGAGUGCUCUUGCAUGAGGCAAGCUACCAUCAAAUCGGUGCACCGCAUCGAAAAUGUGAAACUCUGGCAAAGAUACAGAGCGAGGCGAGACGCUUUGCGGCAGGAUAGUGCUACUGCUUCUGUCACACCAGCAAGUCUUGACCAGGAUGCUUUUGAUACUCGUAAAGUCAUGACUUGCAAUCAAUCUUUCUUUGACUGCGGUGAGGAACUGGCAAAAGAUGUUGACGAGAAGAUUCUAUUGCACGGCAGCUGCUGA